AUGGCUGGUAUAGAGAAGCCCACAAGGUAUAAAAAAUAUCUUUUCAAACUAUUGUGCUUCAUUCAUUUUCUCUUUUAAUGAUUAUUUGAAUAAUAACCGUGGACUUUUUUUCAUUAAAGAGCAAGAAAGGAUACUGAUAUAUCUAGAAUGAAAGCUGGUGAAGAACAAGUGAAAGAAGUAAUCAAGGUAAUCAAUGAGAUGAUCAACCCUUUUGAAAAUGAUCCACAAGAGGAAGGUCUCGUCAGCUUGUCCAGUGGCGUUGCUGCCCCAGAUGAUGUGGUCUCAGAUUUGUCAAGUGCUUUUGACAAAGGAAAGAAGCAUUUACGCUAUUGGUUUCAAAUAAAUUGCUGGUCGAAGAACCUGAUAUAUUUUCAACGAUUCCAAAAAUGAAACUAAAAACAUUUGAUGCAUUGAACAAGCCUGUAUCACAAAUGACUUCGAAAGGUCAAGUUGAUUCUUUGAGGACUGACAGAAAUACCUUUGCCAGGCUAUUCGUUAUUGGCCAGAAAAGAUCAAUCGAUGUGCAACAAAUGCUUUCCUUUUGCCUUGGCCCUUACCCUCUAUCAUUAGCAACCGUUACUGGAAAUAUUUGCAAAACAACUAAAGCAAGGUUACUUCAAUCAUUCCAAUCUGAAUUCCCUGAUUGCAUUGUUGAUAAUUUUCCUGAUGCCAGUUGCGUUCUCAUUGAUGCAAUGGCGGUUCUUCAAUCCACAGUCCUCGUGCCCGAAACCUACGGAGAACUUGCUGAAGCUAUUCUUGCUGGAGUGCUAGCUGUAGCCCGCAAGUUCAAGGCGUCCCGUGUGGACUUUGUGAGUGAUCGUUAUCCGGCACAAAGCAUAAAAAAUGCAGAGAGAGAAAAGAGAGCGACUCAGGGCGAAUGCAGCGUUCGUAUUUAUGCAAAAGAUCAGAAAGUUUUCAAACCCUGGAAGAAAUUCCUAACAAACGGCAAGAAUAAAGAAAAUCUGGUUUCCUUUUUGCAGGAUACAUGA